CUCUGUCUCUAAAUACUGUAGUUUAACUUUAAUUAAGAAAGAGGUUUUUUUUUUUUUUUGAAAGUUUUUCCUUGUAAUUCUCUAUAAAUUCUUAGCAGGCCAAUGAUUUAGCCUUCAUUUCUUUCUUCCAAGUACUUGCAGUUGAGAAGUGAGGAUCAUUAAAAGAAAGAAACAUCUCUGUCUCUCUCUUUUGUACAAACAUAUUGUUGUCAGCUUUCAGUGGCUCAAUAUAUAGUAUUGUUUGUAAAUUAGGGCCUCCCCAAAUUAAGAGACCAAAAACAGCAAACCUGCUUGAAACUUGAACCCUCCAUCACCAACACAAAAAACAGAGUUCCUUUAAUCACCUAAAUCAUGAAGCAGCUCACUUGUUCAGGUUCCCUGGAUGCUUUGAAUCCCUUCUUUCCACCAAAAGAGGAGAAGAAUUCAAAGAAGAAGCAAAUUUAUAGCAGGGAGUUCCAGGCGAUGUUAGAUGGGUUAGAAGAAGAAGACAGCUUGGAAGAAGCUGAUCAAACUACAGAGAAGAAAAGACGAUUAUCCAUGAAUCAAGUUAAGGCCUUGGAGAAGAAUUUCGAAUUGGAAAACAAGUUAGAGCCAGAGAGGAAGGUGAAAUUAGCUGAAGAAUUAGGGCUUCAGCCGAGACAAGUAGCUAUUUGGUUCCAAAACCGCCGUGCUCGUUGGAAGACUAAGCAGCUGGAGAAAGACUAUGGUGUCCUUAAAGCCAAUUAUAGUGCUCUUAAGCUUGACUACGACAAUCUUGAACAAGAGAAACAAGCUUUAACUGCAGAGUUGAGGGAACUGAAAGCUAAGCUAGAAGAGAAUUCAGAGAGCAGCCACUCUGUUAAAGAAGAUUCUCCAAAAUCUUCCCAGCAGGUCAAAGACCAAGGUUUCUUCGACAACGAUGAUGAUUCCAACGAGAUUGUCAAAGAAGAAAGCAAUGGAAAUGCUCAGUUACUAAUUUCACCAUCAUCAUCUUCUUCAUUUCAGUUCAAUGGGUAUUCUUCAUCUUCAGAUUCAUCAAAUCAUCUCUGGUUUCAACCAUUUGACUCGAGUUUGAUUCUGGGUAACAUGUAUCAGCCCCAGUUAGUGAAAGUGGAAGAGCAAUGUGUGUUUACCACAGAGGAAUCUUGCAAUUUCUUCUCGGUUGAUCAAGCUCCAACUCUUCAAUGGUACUUCACAGGGCAGUGAUAAAAAAACAAUGCAGUCCCCAAAAUCAGAAAGCUUUUUAAAAUUCUUGCAGAAGGAAUAAAAAUAGCUAAAGUUUUGUGAUUUAUGACUCGACUAGACUCAACUAGUGUUCCUAUAUUGUUUUAAAUUUAUAUAUGAUAAUUAGUUUAUGGCUUUAUGCUUCAACAAUGGACAUUGGACAUCGCUAUGUCAGCUGUAAAUUUAUAUAAAUAUAAAUAACAAAUGGAAGUAGGUAUCUCAAAA